GGCGUCCACCUAGCACCUGUUAAUAGUAAUACUAAAUACGACAUUAAUUGGUUAUUAGUUUAUUACUUAUUAUAUAGCUAUUAUAUAGAAUGUAUGUAAUAUAUCUAUUAUCAAAUGUCUUAUCACGUUGGUUAAAUAAUACAAUUUAAAUUGUUUAAAAAGUAUAUUGUAAUAAAUAAUAUGCAUGAUGACUUGUAUUGAAAAAUUAAAAUAUCGCUGAAAAACUGAGGUUUUAUCUUAAUCAUGACUAAUCUCCAUACGACCACAGCGUUGACGGAGUUCGCUCCGUUAAGUCCCGAACAAGAACAAUCAUCUGUUGGUUCAUUCUUUGCUAAAGUAUUUAACUUUAAGACAAGUCCAACAGAUGCCAAUGAUACAAAUGCUGAAAUGGUUGUUAGUAAUAAUCAGACAGAAAAGGAUACUUCACAAGCUCUUGUGGCCAUAGAUGCAAGAAAUUUACCAAAUAUUCUUAAAAGAGUUGGAAAUUUAUUACCGAUUCGAUCAGGAGACUAUCCAUCCUAUAGAAAUACUGACCUAAAACAGUAUUGGAUGCCUGACUCUGUGAGUAAAGAGUGUUAUGACUGUUGUGAAAAAUUUACAACUUUUCGGAGGCGUCACCAUUGUAGAGUAUGUGGUCAAAUAUUUUGUUCAAAAUGUUGUUACCAAGAAAUACCUGGAAAAAUUAUGGGGUGUUCUGGGGACCUCAGAGUUUGUACAUACUGUUGCAAAAUAGUAUUAUCUUACUUACAGUCUGUUGCUAAAGAUGUAGUUUUAUCCCCAGACUUAAUAUCACUUAGAAAUGAAUUACAAGUGAAAUUGGCCAAUAAUGAAGUUUUAACAAACUGUAAUGUACCCACAAACACAAAGUACUUUGAAAACAUAGUUGAAACAACAAAUUCUCCCAGUAGAAAGAUUUCUGUUGGCUAUCAAGAAGAAAAUUUUGCAUUAUCCCGAUCAAACAUGUUAGGUAAUUUAUCUCCUAUAGAAACUCCUGAGGAUCCAAAUGUAUCUCAUAAUCUAAAUAACUUGUUUGAAGAAUUGACACAAAUUAAUGGUGGAUUAAGUUUAAAAACACACCGAUACCAUUUAAGAAGUUACCAUUCUUGUUUUCUCGGAAACAAUUUAAUUGAGUGGCUAUUAAACCAUGGGAAAGUUACUAGCAGAAUGCAUGGUACAGCAAUAGGGCAAGUGCUUUUGGAUGCUGGAUACAUAGAAGAUGUUAUGGAGAAUGAAGGAGACUUUUUAGAUGGGAAUUGUUUGUAUAGAUUUUGUUCAGUGGUACCGAAUCAGUCGCAUAAGAAUCAGAAAAGUAAAAAUACAAAAUCUAAAAUUUAUGAAAAGCAAGGUUCAAAUGUUUCUAAUGGAAGUUUCAAAUUAGAUUUAGAUCUUCAUAAUAACACUGUUCAAAUUUCAAAACCUAGUUCACAAAAACUAAAACAAAAUUCUGUUGUAGAACCAAGACCUAUAGAUACAUUAAUAAUAAAGUUGUUGGAUAUUAUUGCAAUGACUUACCAGCGUAAUAAUUUUGGUGCUAUGAAAAAUUGGAGUUCCCCUAAAAAAUUGGUAGAAGAUUAUAAAGAAGCAUAUACUUUUAAUUACUUAACAAAUAUUUUUGAAGAUCAUAAAUUGAACUUUGUCACACAAAUGUUGAAAAAGAAUGGCCUCUCCGUUAAUUGGGUUGACACCUUGAUUGCUCUUUCUGACUUAGUUAUUGGUGAACUCUCUCCAGAUUUAUCUACAGAUACAGAAAAUAUGAGUAUUUGCGAUUAUUUACAAAUAAAAAAAUUAGAAGGAGGUGAACGGAAUGAUAGCUGUAUUGUUAGUGGUAUCGUAUGUUCAAAAAAUAUUGCCAAUAAAGCUAUGGCGUCGAGAAUAUCUGGACCUAAAAUUUUACUACUUCAAUGUUCAAUAAUUUACCAACGUGUUGAAGGAAAAUUGUUAUCAUUAGAACCUGUUAUUAUGCAGGAGCAUGAUUACUUCAGAAAUAUUGUGAGCCGUAUUGUGUCAAUGAAACCUGAUCUUGUAUUAGUGCAAAAAAGUGUAUCUAGAAUUGCACAAGAACUUUUUAAUCAAAUGGGAGUUACAUUAGUAUUAAAUGUUAAAACAUCUGUUCUGGAACGUAUUGCUCGAUGCACUGGUGCAGAAAUAUUAACUUCGGUUGAUGCACAUAUGGGAAAACCAGUUUUAGGAACAUGUCAACAAUUUUAUGUAGAAAAUUUUGGUAACAAAGCCUUAAUGUUUUUUGAAGGAUGCCCAGUACCUGAACGAGGGUGUUCAGUUUUGCUUAGAGGCAGUUCUAAUAAACAGUUAAAGAUAUUAAAGCGUAUACUUAGACAACUAAUAUUAAUGAUAUAUAAUUGGAAAUUAGAAAAAUCCUAUAUAAUGGAUCAAUUUGCAUCACCACCAGUGAAAAAUAAGCAACUGCACGAUGACUCUUUCACUGAUUCAUCAAUUUUGUCAAAUGAAAAUAAUAAUGCUGUAAAUGAAAAUAUUAAUAAUCAAUCAAAAUUAUCUGAAGUGAACAAUUCACAACCUUUAUCAACCAAUACGGAACAAGACAAUAAAUAUCAAUACUUUUUAAAUUUGACGUUACUCUCGUUAUCACCAAUAGUUAAUUUUUCAGUUCCAUACUUAGAAUCAGAUAUUGGAAAACGUUGUAAAUUGCGAAAAUAUUUUUCAAAACAUAUUUAUGUAUCACAAAUUCUAAAUAAUAUGAAAUCAUCAAUAGACUCCAAUCAAGAAAAUGGACAGUUGGAAUUGGAAAUAAAUCUAAAACCAAAACAUGCAUUUAUAAUAUCUAAACUAACUGAAGAUAUAAAUAGUGAUGAAGUUCAAACUAUGUUGGCUUUAUUUCGAGCUCAAGGUGGAAGAAUAUUACACAAUCAAUCAGAAAAAUCAUCUGUAAAAUCUAAAAAAAAUAAUUACUCCAAAAAAGAAAAACUUGUUGACAUAUUUGAUCCUAUCAAUCAUCAAAGAUUGCCUGUGAUGUUUUAUAGUUUUUGUCCAGAAUCAAAUAAUGCACCUUCAUUUUGUGUCGAACCUAGGUUAGUAUUUAUGGAGUUCUAUGGAGUUAAUGAAAUAUGCUUAGGUAGAUUUUUAGAAAGAUAUUGUUUUCGUGAAACAUAUGAAUGCCCAUCUGAUUCGUGUGACAGCCCAAUGAAUAGACAUGAACGUCGUUUCAUACAUGAUAAAAGUUGUUUUAGACUUUUGUUAUCUAAUAUUAGUGGUCGUUUAAUUGAUCCUCCAUACAAUGAGAAUUUAAUUUAUUCUUGGUCUUAUUGUAAGAAAUGUUCCUUAAUAACACCUGUAGUACCAUUGUCAGAUGAUACUUGGUCAUUUUCUUUUGCAAAAUACCUGGAACUAAAAUUUCAUUCUCAGCAGUGUGUUUGUCGUGCAUUACCUAAUUGCAACCACUUUUUAAAUCAAGAUUAUAUUCAAUUUUUUGUCUACAACAAAACAAUAGCAUCAUUUGAAUACAUGAAUAUUAAAAUGUGGGAAAUAAGAUUACCUAGUUUAAAACUAAAAAUAGUCCCUAUAAAAGUUAGCCAAUACCGUCCUGAUAUAUUGGAAGAAGUGAAACAGUGGGCUUUAAUGGGACACGAAAUAUUUAAUGCCGUUAUGAACAAAAUAUGUUCUUUAGCUUUGGAAGCAAAUGUAAAUUUUUUACCAUUGAAACAACAAUUACAAAAGGAUCAAGGAUUGUUCAAACAGAGAGUGGAUGAUAUACAACUUCGAAUUACUUCUCCAACGCUAACUGAUAAGGAUACCAAUUAUGGGACAAUAUUAAACACAAUAUGGAAAUUGGAUGAUACAAUGACUUUGUUGAGGAGGGCAGUAAGUGAAGCCACAAUCAACUGGAAUUCUAAGUUAAUAAAAAUAGAAGCAGCUAUUAAAAAAGAAGAUAAAUCUCAAAGGAAAAGUGAAACCAAAUCAAAUAAUUUGUCUGAAGUCUUAGAAGAAAUCAUGAAUUUUGAAUGUGACUCAAGUCGUUAUGUUGUUGAAGAACAUAACAUUACAAGUCAUCCGAGCCAACAUUCAUUAGUAUCUGAAUCGGAAAUAGCUGCUGAACAUGAUUUUGAAAAUCUAAACGAUUCCGACAUAUUGUGCUCGAGUGAAAAAUGUUAUUUAUCUGUACCACAAGCACAGAGUGAUAUUACAACAGACAGUGACAGUGAUGCUGUUGAUGAUUUUGACAGUAAUGUACCUAAUGAACCUAAGUCUCAAUUAUCUAUGUCUCAAACCGAUAAAAAAAGUGUUAAAACAAUUUUAUCACAAUUUUUACCAUCAUCUACACCACCUGCAAUCAUUCCUAAUCCAAUUGAAACUACAGAACACCAUGUUUUGAACAUACACUGCCGAACUCCUAUAUCAAUUUAUGAAAAAGAACCCAGUUCCAUUAUUGCGUUCACAUUGAGCACAUCUUUUUAUCAAAACAACAUAUCAAAUACAGAAUUAAUGUCAACCGUUGAACAUGUUGAACAAGAUAACGAUCAAAAAGAGACAGAUGAAAAAUCGAAACAACACAUUGAGAUAACCUUCUCAGAUUCUACAACCAAUUUCAAUGUGAAAGUUUAUUUUGCUAAACAAUUUGCAAAAUUAAGAGAAACUUUUUUUGUAUCGGGAGAAGAAAUGUACAUACGUUCUUUAGCAAGAUGUAUUUCAUGGUCGGCUAGAGGUGGGAAAUCAGGGUCAAACUUUUGUAAGACAAAAGAUGACAGGUUUGUAUUGAAGGAAAUGUCUCGUUUGGAGAUAUUACCAUUUUUAGAAUUUGCACCUCAAUAUUUUGCAUAUAUACACUCACGUCAGACAAAUAGACGACCCACUCUUUUAUGUAAGAUUGUUGGAGUUUAUAAAGUAAGGUAUCGCAACACUGUCAAAGGGUCAUCAUUCAAUUCAAACUUAUUAGUAAUGGAGAAUCUUUUUUACAAUAAAAAUAUUUCUCAUAUAUUUGAUCUAAAAGGAUCCGUUAGAAAUAGAUUAGUGGAUCCAAAUUCACAAGAUGGAGAGAUUGUAUUGUUGGAUGAAAAUCUUAUUAAAAUGUCAUGUGAAUCACCAUUAUAUGUUCACCCUCAUUCUAAAAUAAUUUUAAAUCAAGCAAUCAAUGACGAUGCAGAGUUUCUCACCUCACAACUUGUCAUGGACUACUCCCUAUUAGUUGGCUUGGAUGAAGAUUCUGGUGAAUUAGUAUUAGGAAUCAUUGAUUACAUUCGUACUUUUACAUGGGACAAGAAAAUAGAAACAAUGGUAAAGAAAUCAGGACUCCUUGGUGGUCAAGGUAAAUUACCUACAAUAAUUUCUCCAGAAGAAUACAAGAAUCGAUUUAUUGCUGCAAUGAAUUUGUACUUUUUAUCAGUACCUAAUAGAUGGACUGGCAUGGCCAAAGGUUUUGAACAUCGGUUCUAAUAAUAAUUUAUAUUUUUUUCUGUGAUAUUAUUAUGUUUUAAAAUUAGUUUUAAAUUUUAUAAAGAGUUUUAUUUCUCAUACGUUAUACAAGAAACAAUAUUAUUGUUAUUAUUAAUUCACUAUAAAAAUUGAUAAAGAUUGCCUAUAUAAUAAUACGAUAAUUAUUAACUAAUAGCUUUCAAAAUUGUUGUGAGUCUUCAUUUUUAAUAUGCACAGUGUACCCCACAACUAAGAGUCUCUGAGUCUAAUGCUCGCCUAUGACUAUAUGCUA